AUGCGGAACUCUCACCUCCUCAGUGUUUGCUUUUUUUCUCUCGUCAGAGACAUUGCUGCCGCCAUUUCACGUUACGAGAAAUAUCAUUUCGAUCGGGUGCAUUAUGUGGUCGAAGAUGGACAACGCUUACAUUUUCAAAAUCUUUGUCUGGUUCUGAGAAGCCUGGGUUUCCCGUGGCUAAAUUGUAAAAAUCCGACUGACCCAUCUGUUCACAAUUCGGCCUGCUCUCAGGUCCAUGUACCUUUCGGCCGUGUCCAAGGUGCCAGUACUAGACGUGGACAGGGCCUCACAUUGUCAGACAUCUUGGACAGUGCACAACAAACUAUACUGAAACGCAUGGCCCAGUCACCAAACUCGCGCUUCUCCACCAACACACUUGAUCCAAAUUUGUCCCCUGCCGACCUACAGAAGGCUCUGGAUACAGCCGAUCAGUUGGGGGUAACGUGUUUGGUGAUAGAAAUUCUCCGAAAGCGGCGUCAGAAACCAGUACAUCUACGUUCCUUCCUAGGCAAUGCUGUUGUACGAACCGAACAGGAUGAUGUCGACGAGGUCUCGAAUUCCAUCGUUGAUAAAACCGAUAUGUCCGGCUUGGGGCUACAGUAUUGUCAUGCGAGGCUUUACAGUCUUGAACAGCGCGCGGUUAACGCAGGUCUCAUUCAACCGGAUCCCGUGCAUCUGGAUCGCUGCGAUUUAUCCAGUCUUUGUGAACGCAUUGAUCGGCUCACUGGUGAUCUGUGGGUCCGCAGUGGACGGAAAUCUUUGGAUCGACUGGUGAAACAUCUGACUAAGUGA